AUGUCAACAUCCGCCGUGUCGGCGGCGCGCGUGGGGCGAACGAUGGGAAACCGGAAGCGCCCGUUGGUGGUGGUCGCACCGAUGCACGCCGGGUUGAAAAUAUGUAAAAUUGAAAUCGGAAAAUGUUUGCUUUUCGUCACGCUGCUAACGAGUGUUUGCUUUCAAGGCGCUCGCACCGAUGAGGGGGAAGCUGGGGCGACCUCGGCCGAUCCGCAUCCACCACCGACGAAUGAACCGGAAACAACAACCGGAUGUCCUCCACCCGAUUUGAAAAUUUCCCGACCACGCAAGCAGUACGCAACAACCGAACCGCCCUUCGUCACAUUCGAAACAACGCAGAUCUACCUGCCGCAAGAUUUCACCACCGCCGACUUUGAGCUGGUCGAAGCGGGCAAAUCCGGUGUCAAUGGGCUUCACAGCCGUGCCGAUACCAUUGACCAAACCGCCUCCCUUCACGGCAACACCCACGACACCUCCUUCUGGUGGGAGCUGGGCAUCCAGAAUGCGGAAGUUCGUGAGUCGUUGGCCGCAGCCUCCUUCCCGGCCCGCUCGAAGCGUGCAACCGUGGGUCACCAACGGCGCCCCCAUCAUCACCGCCGGCGUCGUAGGUCGUCCCCCGGUCCGCACGACCAUUUGCUCAACCUGGAGGAACUGUCACCGGCCAUUGUGAUUAAUAACAUCUUCAACGAGAAUGACAGCGACCACAGCGUGUACGACAAUCUGUUCCUCAAUAAUGGACCUCCGGAAGGGGACAUCGAUGAUGAUCGGGAUGGCGAAAACGCUCCGGACACUGGCCAGUACCUCGACAAGAACGAAAUCGAGGGUGAAGAGAUUAUCGUCGAGAUGGGCGACAACGGGAGCAUCAUUCGACGGCGAGUCAAGCGCAAAUCGGGCAAAACGACGGGCGCCUUGAGCCGUGCGAAGGCGGGCAGUGGUGGUGACGGUGGCAGCAAGAGCAUCGCUCGGCAUCACAAGCAAGAUCACACGAACGCGGACACCCCGGAAGCGGUCGAGCUGGCCGUGGACGCUGCGCACGGUGGUGAACAGCAUCAUCAGCCGGGCGACGGGGCACGGGCCCAGAUCCGGGUGAAGCGCAAAUCCGGAAAAGCGACCGGUGCGCUCAGCCGACCAAAGGGGGCCAGUGACAGUGGCAGUAAGAGUAUUAGUCGCAAUGCCAACAAAGGGCAGUACGAUGAGGACGGUAGCUACGUGCCGCCGCUCCCGGACUCAGCGGAAAACCCCGACCGGGAGGAGAAGGAAAGCGAGGAGGUCGAGGAAAGCCCCGAGCUGCAUCAGUUCCGCGAGGUGUCGGAGGUGCGGUUCCCCGGCGAGGUGGGACCGCUCGGUGGGCACCGGCUGUGCAAGAUCCAGUGCAUCCGUGGCCACUGGGUGGGACCGCUGUGUGCGAUGAACGAACACGAGCAGGACGAGCACGGGCAGCUAAAGUUCGAACCGCUUUACAAACGCUGCGUCGUCGAUCACAUUCCGCCCCAUCUGCUGCUGAGCUACAAGAACGUAUCGGUGACGCUCGGGUGGGAUCUGCCGCAUGGCCACACGCUGCAGGCUCGGUGCCGCGAUCUCGGGCUGUACAAACUGCUGGGCGAAUCGAAGGUUCUCUGCUCGAACGGUCUGUGGGCGCCGAAGAUGCCAUCCUGCGUACCAACGACACUGUUAACUAAUUACUCCGACGAUAGUCCACCGUCGAUUCGCAUCAAGGUAGGUGUUGGAUCGGCCGCGUACGAACCUUCCGGUGUGUUGGCCGUCCUGCCGACCAGUACCAUCCAUCUGGACUGCAUGUAUCCGCGUCGGCGUGGUUCGCCCGAAUGGACGUGGACCGGUUGGUUCCGGCAGUAUCUUACCGGUUGGUCUGCCGUGCCGGAGGAGAAAGCAUCCCGCUAUCGGCUCACGAUUAAGGACAUUCAGAAUCAGGACUCGGGCACGUACACUUGUGCCUCGCCGCGUGGCCUAACGAACAGUAUCGUCAUCAUCGUUGCCGUGUCCCAGUGCGCCGCUCUAACGGAACCUAAUCCACCGCUGUCGCUACGCCUGGAGGGCAUCAAACUGGGCCAACGUGCGCUGUACCGGUGUCCCCUGGGUUACACGCUGCAGGGAACGGCUAACGCGACUUGUCUCGCUUCCGGAAACUGGUCCUCACCGACGCCCACCUGCCACCCGAUCCAAUGCCCGCCGCUGUUCCUGGAGGAUCCGCAUCUGAGCCUGGUCGAGCUGAACACGUCCGCCUGGGGUCGAGCAGUGUUCCGCUGUGCCUGGGGCUACCGGCUGAGUGGACCGCCCGGGCUGGAAUGUGAACCGAAUGGACACUGGAGCGGUCCGAUACCGCGCUGCCGUGCCAUUCAAUGUCCACAGCCACUGGUUCCAAUAAACGGCAGAAUCGACGGCACCAGUGGCCUGACGACGUUCGGUCAGCGACGCUAUGCGGUCGGGGCACUGGUAACGUUCAGCUGCACCGAGGGUCAUCUUCUCGUCGGCGAGGCGUCAAUUGUCUGCACCGAAACCGGAUUCUGGUCACACCCGCCCCCGUUCUGUAAAGCACAGUGUCCGUAUCCCGGUGAUCCACCGAACGGUUUGAUUGCACCGCUGAAGUUCCACUACGAUCCGGGGGACUACCUGACCGUCCAGUGUCGGCCGGGUUUUGUCGAGCACGGUGCGAACGGUGGCCCGCCCGAGCGUCCCCGCUGUACGCCCGAAGGCGACUGGUCCGGUCCGGUGCCACAGUGUCGAAGCUACGAGGAGAUUUAA